GCCCAGGUAGCAGGUUAGGCUGCGCGGGGCUCCGCGCGUCGGAGGUAAAUACUAGGGCGGUGGGUGUGGGGCGCCAGGGCUGGUCCGGGACGCGGGCUAGCGAGGCUGGGGAAGGGGCGACGCCCCGCCACCCAAGUUUCCCCCUUUCCAGGGUGAGGAUGGUUUUAUACAACAACCUGGAGUUUUUUAGUUGAAAGGUGCGCUCUGUUGAAGCAAGGCAUUUUGAUUUGCUGUUUUUUUACAGCAUGGACACCAAAUUGCUAAAAACAUGCUUUGGGGCCGCCUGUGAAUUUACCUUUUGCGGUUUUGCUACACACUUAGUAGUUCCCUUUCUUUUGAGUUAAUGUUCUGGAGUUAAUAUCACAAUGAGUUCGGGCUUAUGGAGCCAAGAAAAAGUUACUUCACCCUACUGGGAAGAGCGGAUUUUUUAUUUGCUUCUUCAAGAAUGCAGUGUUACAGACAAACAAACGCAAAAGCUCCUUAAAGUACCAAAGGGGAGUAUAGGACAGUAUAUCCAAGACCGUUCUCUGGGGCAUUCGAGGAUUCCUUCUGCAAAAGGCAAGAAAAGUCAGAUUGGAUUAAAAAUUUUAGAGCCACCACAUGCAGUUCUGUUUGUUGAUGAAAAGGAUAUUGUAGAAAUAAAUGAAAAAUUCACAGAGUUACUUUUGGCAAUUACCAAUUGUGAAGAGAGGUUCAGCCUGUUUAAAAACAGAAACAGACUCAGUAAAGGCCUCCAAAUAGAUGUGGGCUGCCCUGUGAAAGUCCAGCUGAGAUCUGGGGAAGAGAAAUUUCCUGGAGUUGUGCGCUUCAGAGGACCCUUAUUAGCAGAGAGGACAGUAUCGGGAAUAUUCUUUGGAGUAGAAUUACUGGAAGAAGGUCGUGGCCAAGGUUUCACUGAUGGGAUAUAUCAAGGGAAGCAGCUUUUUCAGUGCGAUGAAGAUUGUGGAGUAUUUGUUGCGUUGGACAAGCUAGAAAUCAUAGACGACGAUGACCCUGGACUGGAGAGUGAUUUUGCAGGGCCAGUGGACACAAUGCAGGUUGAACUUCCCCCUCUGGAAAUAAACUCCAGAGUUUCUUUGAAGCUUGGAGAAACUAUAGAAUCUGGAACGGUUAUCUUCUGUGAUGUUUUGCCAGGCAAAGAAAGCUUAGGAUAUUUUGUUGGUGUGGAUAUGGAUAAUCCUAUUGGCAACUGGGAUGGAAGAUUUGAUGGAGUACAGCUUUGUAGUUUUGCAAGUGUUGAAAGUACAAUUCUCUUGCAUAUCAAUGAUAUCAUCCCAGAUAGCGUGACACAGGAAAGGAGGCCUCCCAAACUUGCCUUUAUGCCAAGAGGUGUUGGGGACAAAGGUUCAUCCAGCCAUAGCAAACCAAAGGCUACAGGAUCUACCUCAGACCCUGGAAAUAGAAACAGAUCUGAAUUAUUUUAUACUUUAAAUGGGUCUUCUGUUGAUUCACAACCACAAUCCAAAUCAAAAAAUUCAUGGUACAUUGAUGAAGUUGCCGAAGACCCUGCAAAAUCGCUUACGGAGCUAUCUCCGGACUUUGGACAUGCUUCACCACCACUGCAGCCUCCUUCCCUGAAUGCACUUGCCAACGAGAACAGAUUUCACUCUUUACCGUUCAGCCUGACAAAGAUGCCCAACUCCAAUGGGAGUAUUGGCCACAGCCCGCUGUCUCUGUCGGUUCAGUCAGUGGUGGGCGAGCUAAACAAUGCGCCUGUGCAGGAGAGCCCACCUUUGGCCACAUCUUCCGGUAACUCGCAUGGCCUGGAAGUGGGCUCGCUGGCUGAGGUUAAAGAGAAUCCUCCUUUCUAUGGGGUGAUCCGUUGGAUUGGUCAGCCUCCGGGACUCAAUGAAGUGCUAGCUGGACUGGAACUGGAAGACGAGUGUGCAGGCUGUACAGAUGGGACCUUCAGGGGCACUCGAUAUUUCACCUGUGCCCUGAAGAAGGCUCUGUUUGUUAAACUGAAGAGCUGCAGGCCCGACUCUAGGUUUGCGUCCCUGCAGCCAGUUUCCAAUCAGAUCGAACGCUGUAACUCUUUAGCAUUUGGAGGCUACUUAAGUGAAGUAGUAGAAGAAAAUACUCCACCAAAAAUGGAAAAGGAAGGUUUAGAGAUAAUGAUUGGAAAGAAGAAAGGUAUCCAGGGUCAUUACAAUUCUUGUUACUUAGACUCAACCUUAUUCUGCUUAUUUGCUUUUAGUUCCGUUCUGGACACUGUGUUACUUAGACCCAAAGAAAAGAAUGAUGUAGAAUAUUAUAGUGAAACUCAAGAGCUACUGAGGACAGAAAUUGUUAAUCCUCUGAGAAUAUAUGGAUAUGUAUGUGCAACAAAGAUUAUGAAACUGAGGAAAAUACUUGAAAAAGUUGAGGCUGCAUCAGGAUUUACCUCUGAAGAAAAAGAUCCUGAAGAAUUUUUGAAUAUCCUGUUUCAUCAUAUUUUAAGGGUAGAACCAUUGUUAAAAAUAAGAUCAGCAGGUCAAAAAGUACAAGAUUGUUACUUCUAUCAAAUUUUUAUGGAAAAAAAUGAGAAAGUUGGAGUUCCUACAAUUCAGCAGUUGUUAGAAUGGUCUUUUAUCAACAGUAACCUGAAAUUUGCGGAGGCACCAUCAUGUCUGAUUAUUCAGAUGCCUCGAUUUGGAAAAGACUUUAAACUAUUUAAAAAAAUUUUUCCAUCUCUGGAAUUAAAUAUAACAGAUUUACUUGAAGACACCCCACGGCAGUGCCGGAUAUGUGGCGGGCUCGCCAUGUACGAGUGCAGAGAGUGCUACGAGGACCCCGACAUCUCAGCUGGGAAAAUCAAGCAGUUCUGUAAAACCUGCAACACUCAAGUCCACCUUCACCCCAAGAGGUUGAAUCAUAAAUAUAACCCCGUCUCACUUCCCAAAGAUUUACCUGACUGGGACUGGAGACACGGCUGCAUCCCCUGCCAGAAGAUGGAGUUAUUCGCUGUUCUCUGCAUAGAAACGAGCCACUAUGUCGCCUUCGUGAAGUACGGGAAGGACGACUCCGCCUGGCUCUUCUUUGACAGCAUGGCUGAUCGGGAUGGUGGUCAGAAUGGCUUCAACAUUCCUCAGGUGACCCCAUGCCCAGAAGUAGGAGAGUACUUGAAAAUGUCUCUAGAAGAUCUGCAUUCCUUGGACUCGAGAAGAAUCCAGGGCUGUGCACGAAGACUUCUCUGUGAUGCGUACAUGUGCAUGUACCAGAGUCCAACAAUGAGUUUGUACAAAUAAACGGGGUCAUCUGGACAGGUGCAGACACUGAAUGCCAAGUUUUAAUGUUGCGUUUCACUCGAGCUGGCAGUUCUGGGCGGCAUCCAUUGCCGGCAAUGGAUGUCUCUGCGGUGAUGAUCCUUCAGAAAAGGAUUCCUGCGUUUAAAAACAAAUUGCUUUUGUGUUACUGAAGUAUUUAAUAAGAAGCAUUUUGCACUCUAGAGAGUAUGUUUGUGUUGGUUUUUUAAGAAGUUUAAAUGAAGUUAUUAAUACCUGAAGCUUUAAGUUAAGUGCAUUGAUCAUCAUAAGAUAUUUUUGGAAGCAUAAAAUUUUAAUUGUGACAGUUUAAAAACCUCUUUUAGUCCAUUGAGAAUGUAAAUAAAUGUGUCUUCUUUAUGGACCAAG